UGGUCCCACCAGGGAGCCCUGGGCCCAUCACCCGACACGAGUCGUACGACAGCCUGGCGUCCGACCACAGCGGGCAGGAGGAUGAGGAGUGGCUGUCACAGGUCGAAAUAGUGACUCACACUGGGCCCCAUCGCCGCCUGUGGAUGGGCCCACAGUUCCAGUUCAAAACAAUCCACCCCUCAGGCCAAACCACUGUCAUCUCCUCCAGCUCCUCCGUGCUGCAGUCACACGGCCCGAGCGAUACCCCUCAGCCCCUUCUGGACUUCGACACAGAUGAUCUGGAUCUCAACAGUCUCAGGAUCCAGCCGGUGCGCUCGGAGCCGGUGAGCAUGCCGGGGUCACCGCGUCCCACCGCCGACCGCCGCGGGGCCUCCACCCUCAUCGAUGCUACCUCAGGUGCCUUCGACCGGAGUGUGACCUUGCUGGAGGUGUGUGGGAGCUGGCCCGAGAACUUCGGUCUGCGCCACAUGUCGUCCAUGGAGCACAGCGAGGAGGGGCUGCGCGAGCGCUUGGCCGACGCGAUGUGCGAAUCCCCCAGCAGGGACAUCGUGGGAUCAGGAACAGAGCUUCAGCGAGAGGGAAGCAUAGAGACGCUCAGUAACAGCUCUGGUUCCACCAGCGGCAGCAUCCCGCGCAACUUCGACGGCUACCGGUCACCCCUCCCCACUAACGAGAACCAGCCCCUCAGCCUGUUCCCCACGGGAUUCCCUUAA